UAGCGGGAACUGUUCUCAAGAAUGGAUCUCCUGAAGAAAGCGUGUUUUCUGACGACAAUACUGGUCGGCGUUCAAAUUGUACUGGGUGAAGAAGUGGCUCGAUAUGACAAUUACCGAGUGUAUCAAGUGACUGCCAAAACCAAACAACAGUUGGAUACGAUGAACGAAAUUCAACUCAACAGUGACGCUUACAUAUUCCUCGAAAAUGGACAUAAAGUUGGUGAUAAGUUCACCGUUAUUGUGCCCCCUCAUAAGUUGGCUGAUUUUGCAGAAACCAUGGAAAAUGAGAAGUUCUGUGGCCGGAUAAUCAAUUCGAAUGUGCAGCAAUCCAUCGACGAUGAGCGGAACCGGAUGCUGUCGAAACGGUUGAAAGGAGUUUUCGAUUGGACGGAGUAUCAUAAUUUGGAGGAGAUUCAUGGAUGGUUGGACAAACUUGCAUCGGACUAUAAGCAGGUUGAAGUGAUUCAAGGGGGGCGCUCUUACGAGGGUCGAUCCAUAAAAGGAGUCAAAGUAUCGUACAAAUCGGGAAAUCCUGGAAUUUUCAUCGAAGGAGGAAUCCAUGCUCGUGAGUGGAUUUCUCCAGCUACCGUUACCUACAUUUUGAACGCACUGUUGACUAGUGAAGACGCCAGCGUGAGAAAUAUUGCAGAAAACUACGAUUGGUAUAUUUUUCCAAGUGUGAAUCCAGAUGGUUAUGUUUACAGUCACAAUAGAAACCGUUACUGGCGCAAAACGAGGACUCCGUAUCCCGGCGGCUGUUUUGGAGCAGAUCCUAAUCGCAACUGGGAUUUCUUCUGGGCAGUGGCUGGAGCUAGUCGACGAUGCUAUGCAGAAUCAUUCGCCGGACCUAAACCAUUUUCGGAAGUAGAAACGAAAUCGUUAUCCGAAUACAUCAAAUCCCUGAACGGGAAAAUCCAGGCCUACAUCGCGUUCCACUCAUACUCUCAGCUCCUUCUGUUUCCCUACGGACAUACAGGUGAACACGCACCGAACCAUGACGAUCUGAACGAGAUUGCAAAUGCUACCAUUACAUCCCUGGCGAAGCGUUACGGAACCGUGUACCGGUAUGGAAACAUCUACGAUGCAAUUUAUCCGGCUAGCGGAAGCAGCAGUGAAUGGGCCUACGGAGCUCAAGGUGUCCGAUUGGCCUACACGUACGAGCUGCGUCCUGCGGGUGGUUACACUGGCUUUGUGCUACCACCGGAGGAAAUUAUUCCGACCGGAGAGGAGACUCUUGAUUCACUGGUGACUAUGCUGGAGGAGUCGGGGAAGCGGAAUUAUUUCAAAAUGUGA